GGCGCAUCAUUACCCCUCGAUGCUCUUUUCUUUGUCUCUACACGAUCCCAAUUACAAUCGACAAUGGCCGCCAAACCCACUCUCAUCUUCGCCCCGGGGGCCUGGUACCCUCCCACGGCCUUCAACCCCAUCAUCGAGAAGCUGAACACCCACGGCUACAACAGCCACACAGUCGCUUUCCCCUCCAUCCAGCAGACCCCCGCAGUGGAAGACCUCCAGCCCGACAUUGAGACGGUGCGAUCGCUCGUCGAAGCCGAGGCCAAUGCCGGCAAGGACGUGGUCGUCGUCUCGCACAGCUGGUCCGGCUUGCCGGUGAACAGCGCCCUCGAUGGUCUCAGCAAGGCAGACCGCGAGAAGGAGGGCAAGUCCGGCGGUGUUGUGAAAUUGGUGUUCAUUUCUGCGUUCAUUCCGGAUGUCGGACAGAGCCUUAUCGGGGCUUUUGGAGGAACCCCGCCGGAUUGGUAUAUUCGGGACGAGGAAAACCGCACUGUUACGGCCAGUGACCCGUUUACGCUCUUCUUCCACGAUGUUCCGGAUGGUCAGGAAUGGGCGGGCACUCUGCGACCGCAUGCUUGGGCUACGAAGAAUGCGCCCGCUACGAGCGCUGCGUAUCUUCAGAUCCCGGCCUCUUAUCUGCUCUGUGAAGAUGAUCGCGCGAUUCCGCUCUUUGUGCAGGAAUUGAUGGUGGAGAGUGCGCGGAACAAGGGUGCGCAGAUUGAGACCGAGAAGAUCAAGACUGCGCAUACGCCUUGGUUGGUCGUCCCUGAUGCUGUCGUCGAGUAUUUGAGGAGGCAGGCUGGGGAAAGCUUGUAG